UCCACCAGUCAACAGGAACAGAAGCCGCCGCUAUCCAUUAAGCAGUUACGAGAAGCAGCCCAGGAAGCAGCUCAGAACAAUGCCAAUCAAAAUGCCACCAAAAAGAAGAAGCCCGAGUUUGUCAAUAUGGCUAUGCCCGUUCCACAGAAGAAAAAAACGUCUUUAUUUGGAGGACUCUUCCAAAUGAAAGAGCCUACGCAAGUAGCCUUAAAUCAGGUUGCCGCCCAAAUGAUCGCUCAGCAUGGCUCCAUCAGCCCCGCAAAAGUCCCCAAUGUCCGACUAGAGAAGAUGCCGGAACACGUUCCCAAGGUCAACUCCAAGUGGGAUGGAGUCCCUGAUAGUGUCAAGCAAAGAGAGAAGCACGAAAGAGAGGCCGCCAAAACACCGAAGAAAGAGUUAUUUUCUGUCAAUGCGUCCCGCUCCCUGAGCAGUGGGACCGGCGAGGAUAGUAGGAGGAGACUAAACAGCAGAAAUUCGAGUUCAACGACUGGAUCCUUCAGCAGUCAUGGACGAUCUGUAGCCUCGAACGGAACGUCGGCGCGAGGGCGCUUUUACGCCCAGUCAGUCAACUCAUCCGGAGAUCUUGCUUCCCAACAACGCCCAGACUCCCAAAGACCACCAGUCACACACGGACACGCCCGUGCGACGUCUACGUCAAGCCUGCCUGACAAUGUUACAGAGGCCAUUCCAGAAUUUCCUCGCUAUUUACGAGGAGCCAUUGCGGGACCUGGACACAUGGCCGGCCCUCGCAAUCAGAACGUCCCUGAUGAGAACCCGCCACCACCUGUGAUAAAUAUUCGGUCGGCAAGCGAUCAAACGCCAGCCCGUAAGGUUGAGCAAGCGCCUAGUAUUGAAGACGUCCCAACACAUUCUGCAUCACCCCUGCCAUCUCCCCGCGACGUUGUUCCUGCUACGCCUUCCCCUCUUCGUCCAAGCGAUGAAUACGUAUUCCAAACCAGAAGCCCAACCACCGAAAUACCAUCAUCGCUGUCGACAGGACCUGGUCCUGAUAUUAUAACAACAACUACCAUUCCGAAGAAGAAGCCCCCACCAAUCAUGACUCCUGGCUUUCUUGCCGGAGAAGCUCAAGAACUGGUUCUUCCCAACGAUACGGAAGGCCAAUCGAGCGCAGACUUGCCUUUACGAAGCUGGGAAUCUGGCCGCAUGACCGCAGGCACAUCUUCCUCGACCCAUUCUCGAGUCCAGCAAGACCUGGAAAGGCGCCCAGACAGUUCUCGAGCGCGGCUUGGUCUUCGUGCAAGUAUACUUCUCAGAGAUGAUGAAAAUCCAUGGGAGCGCAUGGAGCAGGACGCGCCAGCACUCCCAAGUCCCAAAUCACCAAGAACACCUACCAGUCCCCGGCUUGUCUCUAGCCCACGUACAAAGUUCUCCACUGGUUUCGGUCUGUUCAAUAAGGACAAAGAUAGACCUUGA